CCAAGUCAAUAUUAUAUCCAUCUCUCCCCCACCCUUCAUCAUCCUCACACACACACACACCUUAACAUAAUAUAUAUCUAUCUACCCUUUCUUCUGCCAUUUGUCAGGCUUCAACUCUCUCUCUCUCUCUCUCCAUAUAUGUUUUUUUAGCCUUUUGUUUGCCCCAAACACCCACACGGCCACACCCUACAAGGGGGAGUUCAGAAGACCAAAACAACAAUGAGGAAACCUUGUUGUGACAAAGAAAGCAUCAAUAAAGGUGCUUGGUCCAAGCAAGAAGACCAAAAGCUCAUUGACUACAUCCGAGUUCAUGGUGAAGGAUGUUGGCGUUCCAUCCCUAAAGCUGCUGGCCUUCAUCGUUGUGGCAAAAGCUGUAGACUGAGAUGGUUAAACUACUUAAGACCAGACAUCAAACGUGGAAUUUUUGCCGAAGAUGAAGAAGACCUCAUCAUCAAACUCCAUGCCCUCCUUGGCAACAGGUGGUCACUGAUUGCUGGAAGGUUGCCUGGAAGGACAGACAAUGAGGUGAAGAACUAUUGGAAUUCUCACAUCCGCAGAAAACUCAUAAAAAUGGGAAUUGAUCCAAAUAACCACAAGCCACACCAAAGCUUUUCUCAUCCUCAUGCUUCUGUUGAAGUUGCAUCAACAUCCGAGUCCAUGAGCAAAGACCAAAAAGUCCCUUUCUUAAAAAAAUCCAGUGGUGAUGCGGCCACGGAUAGGAUUUCAUUCACAAAGAGCCUUGAAGAAGAAACAGCAAUUAUUUCAUCACCCCCUUUGAAUCUUGACCUAACAAUUGCUUUACCUUCGCCUAUGAUUGGUGCUGCGGAAGACAAGCCAAUGCAAAAUUCCGAAUCCGCCAAGUCUUGGGACAUAAAUAUAGAUCUCAACUGUUAAUUAGUUAGUAAUUGUUGGCAAGAGAGUUACCAGUAGUGCAUGUUUGUUAAUGACAUAUUAAUUUUGCAGAAAUAAUCAUUUUUUUCAAAGAACUUAUUCAACGAAAAAGCUUGAAAAAAUGUGAUUAUUUCUUUUAAAAUGUGCUUAAUUAAUUAAAUAUACAAAAUGUACUACUAUUUUUCUUC